AUGACAACAGCCGAUAAUGCGACAAGCCUCUCCACCAGCGAAUCGUCUGAGCCACCCAUACUCCACGACCAAGGCAUGCCCAAGGCUGCGCGUGCCCACCGUAGCAGGACUGCCAAGAAGAACGCACUUUCCAAGGACCUCAACGUUACUAUUUCCUCUUCAGAUCAGGCUCUUUUGACCAAAUCCGUCAUUACCGUCAAGAACGUCAUGAAGGAGCAAAACGCUGGGUCGACAGCCAAUGCUCCCAGCAUCAGUGAUGCUGGUGAUUCGGCAUCUGAUGCUUUGCCUAAGAAGCCGGGUCAACUAUCGUCUUCUCCUAUCGUGGAUCAGGCCCUAGACAACCU